AUGGUCACCACGCGAGACCCAACAGCCUUGACCGACCUUCCACUUGAGCUGUUGUGGAUGAUUUCUGAGCAUUUAUCACCAGUUGACCUUGCUUGUCUGGCACUAGGCAACCAUCGUCUGCUGUCUUCAUUCGCUGGCACUGCUUUUCGGGACUUCACAAAACGCCACAACGGAAACCCCACUGAUGACGCACGUAUCAAGCUGCUAUCUUUGCUUUCUCGCGACCUACCGCAGUACUAUCUCUGUUUCAUCUGCCUCCGACUUCAUUUGUGGAAAAACACUCGGCUACCAAGCUACUUUCAUAUCGAUUGCUCAGAUGGCUUGGAGAUAAAAGACCGGUGCCUUCAAACAUCUCUACCCCUCUGUUACUACCCAUCCUAUACCUAUUACCAAUUCCGUUUCGUUCAUCUUCAGCUUGCUAUGAGAAGGUUUUACUAUGGACCGGGCUUUGGAAUCCCCGUUGAGUCAAUGCUCUACGCGGAGGUAGUAUAUCGUCAUAUCAAAGCCAAAGCCCCGCUCUGGUUGCAAUCCCCCGCCAACAACAACAUAUCAGAAAAUGAUCCCCAGAAAGAUGGUCUGAUGGCACUAUUCUCUGCCGAAGCUCGAAUCUGUUCUACGCCUCCGGGCCUGUGCUUGCGAACGCAAGAAAUAGCGGUAGUAGCACAACAGAACGUACCACGGAUGUGGCCGUGCCGCGAGAAUGGACUCGUGGAGAUCUGCAGGCAUAUCCACACUCGUAAACCGGGAUUUAUCGACAUCUUUACCUCUCACAUUGAGCGUUAUUGCUCUAAAACAAGCCCGAUAAAACCAGCCGACGAAGGGAGUUGUGAUAAAUGCAAUACCUCCUGGAAGUUGGAGAUGCGAAACCUGGACGAAAAUAAUGCAAGCCUCACUCUUACCCGGUGGAUUGACUUGGGGCCGGGGCUGAGCCCAAAUGAUGCUCAGUGGAGGUGUCGCUUUGGUAUUGAACUACUGCUGAAUUCGCCAAACCAUGAAAUAGUGGACUCCCGUCAGCGGUUCGAGAGGGACUCUGUUCAGGCUAGCUCUUCGAAUGCAUUGUCCGAAGAUGAAAUGUAUUGGCGGAACAUUUCUUUGCUGCAAGAGAAGACAUACCAAAAAGUGAUGACUCCAGUGCGCUAUGGAUUCUACAUAUUGCACGAAGAAGCAAAGACAAGUUCUUCUCGCUGUAUCAUUCUCUGA